AUGGCGGCCGUCACGAAAUACGACUCGAUAAUAAUAGGCUCCGGCCAGUCUGGCAACCCACUCGCCGCAGCAAUCGCGAAGACUGGCCAGAAAACAGCACUCAUCGAAAAAGAACAUGUCGGUGGAUGCUGUAUCAACGAAGGAUGUACGCCGACGAAAACAUUAAUUGCGUCAGGCCGCGUCGCGUACCUAAAUCGCAGAGGGCCGGACUAUGGUAUACACUCUUCCAACACUAAAGGCAAGGCGAAUGAGGUCAUAGUCGACAUGCUCACGGUUCGCCAACGGAAACGUAACAUCGUCGCUUCGUUCCAUAACAGCAGCGUGGAUAGACUUCACGAAGCCGGUGUGGAUGUAUUGGCCGGUGACGCAAGUUUCGCUGAUGAGAAAACUCUGAAAUACAAAGACAGCCUCGGUAAAGAGAGGACUGUCUACGGUCAGAAUAUAUUCAUCAAUGUUGGCGCACGACCAGCACCGCCAAGGCUUGAAGGAAUCGAUUUGCUUGAUAAAGGGAGAGUAUUGGAUUCAACUUCGAUCCAAGAGCUAGAUGAAGUUCCCGGUCAUCUCGUGGUUAUCGGAGGGGGUUACGUGGGAGUGGAAUUCGCACAGCUAUUUCGCAGACUAGGUGCGCAGGUAACUCUUAUUCAGCAUGGGGCACAGCUACUGCCACGUGAGGAUGGAGCAAUUGCCGAUCUUCUCCUACAGAUUCUCCGAGAGGAUGGACUCGCAGUUUUGCUAAACGCGCAAGCUGUUCGAGUUACAGUAUCAUCAAGUGGGUUUGCUCUCACCGUACAUGUCGACAACGACAACCGGAUUAUCGAAGGGACGCAUAUAUUAUUCGCUACCGGUCGGAUUCCGAAUACAGACAGUCUGAACUUAGAAGCUGCACAUAUCAAGACCGACAGCAAAGGAUACAUUCUGACUAAUGAAUACCUCGAGACUUCGUCCCCUUCUGUCUUUGCAAUGGGUGAUGUGAAAGGUCCUCCCGCAUUUACACACGUCUCGUACGACGAUUUCCGUAUCAUUCGAUCUAACUUCCUUUCUUUGUCUUCUAAAAAGCUCUCUAUCAAAGACCGCAUCGUCCCGUACGUGGUGUUCACCGACCCCCAAAUGGCACACGUCGGUCUCCAUGAGGACGAGGCUCGUUCCAAAUUCCCCAGCAAGGGAAUUCGGACAGCAACGAUGCCAAUGGCAUACGUUGCGCGCGCAUUAGAAACUGACGAAUCGAGAGGAGUGAUGAAGGCGGUCGUGGACAGUGAUACCGGGCUGAUCCUAGGAUUUACCUGUCUGGGCCUCGAAGGGGGUGAAAUCAUGAGCACAGUGCAGAUGGCGAUGGUAGGGAAUGUCCCCUAUCACAAAUUGCAGGAUACGAUUUGGGCGCAUCCUGCUCUAGCAGAGAGCCUGAACAACAUAUGGGGUUUUCUGGAGUAA